AUGGGCGCCACAGCCUCAGGCUUAUCACUGUCAAAUCAUAUCAACCUCUUAACUCCUUCAUCUACAGAUUCUGAGAUGACUGCAGAGGAUCUCACUAUCGCAAAGAAUGUUGUGGCCUGGAUCACGGCGAACCAAACCAAUCUCUCAACUCCCUCUCCGUCGGAUGUCAAAGCUGGAGAGAUUUUCCUAUUUGAAAAGAGCUCUCAAGAACCGGGCAGCCGCUGGGUCGAUAGACGUAGCUGGGAGCAGGUGUCGCGUCGACAAUUUCAAAAUAUGGGGUGCGAGAUCUCCGAGGAGAAGCGCGCUUCAGACUCCCUACUCACGGGACCUCUAUUGAGGAAAAUAAAUUGGAGGAACGUCAAAAUCGAUUCUAAAACGUAUCAACUUGUGGUUUAUGAAGAAGCCAAACCCCCCGAUCGACGAGGAGAGAAAUCUGAGCAAAGCGACUUACCCAAAGAUCUACAGGAGAAGUACCCCGAGGAGGAAGAAUCUUCUCAUGAUCUGCGCGGAGAUCAAGAGAUCCGUUCGCGAUCUUCGCACUUCUUUGAAGUUAUUCUGAACAAGUGA